AUGUCAUCUGCUCUGGUAUUUUCGGUUUUGUUGGUCGCUGUAUCUGCACAGUUUUAUGACUUUGGACAAGUUCAACAGCAACAAUACCAUCCAAAUAAUGUGCAAUAUGACUACAUUGAUGAUGGAGAAGCUUGUGAGUUAACUAUUAAUAGAUUAAAUUAUCAAAAAAUAAAUAUUUCAGACUAUCAAAUGAUGCAACAUCAACAAAUUCAAAAGCAACUUCAAAUGCAACAGCAAUACUACGCAAUGAUGAGACCUUACCCAAAAAGAUCAUAUUCCAAGCAGGUAAAGUCAUUUAUUUUUGAAUUUCAUAUAUAAUAUGAAAUGUAUUUCAGAUCAUGAGAGCUUGUGGUUGUGAACACGCGAAAACCUAUGCUGAAUAUUUGAAAUACCGUGACUUUAUCAAACAACAAAGAAUGAUGAUGAAUUACUACAAUAUGUUCAGAAUGUAA